AUGCAUGAUAAUACUCCCACCGUGUGGCCCCAGAUACCAAAGCCCAGUCGGCCUGCACACUCCUCUUCCAGUUUUCCUGUCAAAAGUAGAGAAAAAACAAACUCCUCCCCUCGCCGUACCCCUAUCCCGAUGGCGAUCGGCGGCGGCGGCGGAGGCGGGAGCUGGAGCAUCCACGGCCGCCCGGACGUCACCUCCCGCUACGAUGUCCUCGGACGCGCUGGCUCUGGCGCCUACGCCGACGUCUACCGCGGCCGUCGCCGCUCCGACGGCGCACCGGUUGCCCUCAAGGAGGUCCACGACGCUGUCAGCGCACAGCGCGAGGCCGACGCCCUCCUCGCCGCCGCCUCUGAGUCCUCCCCUCAUGUCAUCACGCUCCUCGACCACUUCCCCGGCGGCGACCACGACGACGACGUCCUCGUCCUCGAGUGGCUCCCGCUCGACCUCGCCGCCGUCGUGCGCGAAGGGAGGCGCGCGGGCGGCCUCCCUGCCGGCCAGCUCAAGCGAUGGAUGCUGCAGGUCAUCGAAGGCGUCGCCGCCUGCCACCGCGCCGGCCUCGUGCACCGCGACCUCAAGCCCGGAAACCUGCUCAUCUCCGAGGACGGAGUCCUCAAGGUCGCCGACUUUGGUCAGGCCAGGAUUCUUCAAGAACAGGCAUCUGAUGAAACGGAAAUUCCUGCUGCUCAGGAGCCAGAGACACUCACUGCAGCCGACUACCUACAUGAGAUUGACCAACUCCGGGCCAAGUCCACUUAUGGAGAUGUGGACAGAAUGAGCCUUCAGGAUGGAAACACCUCCUGUCUCGCCACCUGCAGCACAGCUGACAUUGACGAUGAUCCUUUUAGAGCCUCAUAUUCGUAUGAUGCUGAAGAAGACAUCGGGGAUGAAGAGUCUGGUGCCUUCACUUCUUGUGUUGGAACACGGUGGUUUAGAGCUCCUGAGCUCCUAUAUGGGUCAACCAGCUACGGCCAAGAGAUCGACCUGUGGUCACUAGGAUGCAUUUUGGCUGAGCUUCUCAGUUUAGAGCCCAUAUUCCCAGGCCAAUCUGAUAUUGACCAGAUUGGUAGAAUCAUCGGAGUCCUGGGCAAUAUCACAGAAGAGUCCUUUCCUGGCUGUUCAAAUUUACCGGAUUACAACAAGAUCUUCUUCAGCAAGGUUGAGAAGCCUACGGGCCUCAAAGCAUCACUUCCUAACAGAUCUGCCUCUGAGGUUAGCAUAGUAAAGCGGCUACUUUGCUAUGACCCAGCAAAGAGGGCUAGUGCUUCCGACUUGCUGAAUGAUCCGUACUUCACUGAAGAACCCUUACCCGUACCUACCGAGGCGCUACAAGUCCCAGCAUCAAAGGGCGAGGAUGACGACAGCUCUGCGGAAGAAUGGGGUAAUUACAGGGACGGAGAUUCGGAUUCGGACAUUGACGAAUUCGGCAGCAUGGAUGUGACCAAAACCGACAAAGGUUUCAGCAUACGCUUUUAG